CAUCGCGACAUCUCCCGGAGCUCCGGGAGCAUCCCGGCGCUGCGCGAAAGGCCGGGAAAACCGGCCGGGAAGCUGGGAUUCAAGGCCGGGAAAAGCGGCCGGGAAGGAGCUUUGGGAAGCGGCCGGGAAGGAGCUUUGGGAAGAGACCGGGAAAGCAGCUCGGGAAGCGGCGUGAGAAGCCGGCUGGGAGCUGGGAAUCAGCCCGGGAAGCAGCUCGGGAAGCAGCCUGGAAGUAGCCUGGGAAGUGAGCUGGGAAUCAGCCCGGGAAUCAGCCCGGGAAGAAGGAGCCUCUCCCGCCGCGCCGCAUCCACGAUUAUCCCUUUCCCGCUGCCCUGGAGAACCGGGAAGGCCUCGGUGAGCCGGGAAGUGGACUGGGAAGUAACCUGGGAAGCGGGCUGGGAAUCAGCCUGGAAUUAGCUUGGAAUUAGCCUGGGAAUCAGCCCGGCAUCCCAGCCCGCGCUGCAGCCGCGAUUAUCCCUCUCCCCCUUUCCCUGGGACUGCUGGGAAGGCCUGUGGAGCUUCCCGGGGAGCUGGGAAGCAGGUUGGGAAGCGAGCUGGGAAUCAGCCCGGGAAUCAGGCUGGGAAGCAGCCUGGGAGCAGCCUGGGAAGUGAGCUGGGAAUCAACCUGGAAUUAGCCUGGGAAGCAGGCUGGGAAUCAACCUGGAAUUAGCCUGGAAUCAGCCUGGGAAGUGACCUGGGAAUCAGCCUGGAAUCAGCGUGGAAUUAACCUGGGAAUCAGCCUGGGAAUCAACCUGGGAAACAGCCUGGGAAUCUACUUGGAAUUAGCCUGGAAUUAGCCUGGGAAGUGACCUGGGAAGCAGCUUGGGAAUCAACCUGGAAUUAGCCUGGGAAUCAGCCUGGGAAUCAACUUGGAAUCAGCCUGGGAAUCAACUUGGAAUCAACUUGGAAUUAGCCUGGGAAUCAGCCUGGGAAUCAACUUGGAAUUAGCCUGGAAUUAACCUGGGAUCAGCCUAGAACCAGCCUGGGAAUCAACUUGGAAUGAACCUGGAAUCAACUUAGAAUUAACCUGGGAAAGAGCCUGGGAAUCAACUUGGAAUUAGCCUGGGAAUCAGCUUGGAAUUAGCCUGGAAUUAGCCUGGGAAUCAGCCUGGGAAUCAACUUGGAAUUAACCUGGAAUUAACCUGGGAUCAGCCUAGAAUCAGCCUGGGAAUCAACUUGGAAUGAACCUGGAAUCAACUUAGAAUCAACCUGGGAAAGAGCCUGGGAAUCAGCCUGGGAAUCAACUUGGAAUCAGCCUGGGAAUCAACUUGGAAUCAGCCCGGAAUUAGCCUGGGAAUCAACUUGGAAUCAGCCUGGGAAUCAACUUGGAAUCAGCCCGGAAUUAGCCUGGGAAUCGCCCUGGAAUCCCCCCGCUCUCCCAGCCUCCCGUCCCCCAUUCCCUGGGAAAACCGGGAAUUCCCGCUGAGCCGGCGAUGCCUCCUCGAGUGACCCCUCCCUGACCCGCCAUCCCGCCUUAUUCCAACCGGGAAAACAAAACCACAACACCCCCCCCCCUUUCCCUCCCCCCCCCCAUCCCCCCCCAACAUGCCCAGGAACGGCGGAUUCUCCGAGCCGGAAUUCUCCGCCGACUAUUCCGCCGACUACUCCGCCAGCCUCCCCUCGGAUCCCGAACGCGCCGGCGGCGCCUCCGGCUCCUCCCGCCGCGGAACCUUCCGGAUCUCCCCUCCCUGCCCCUGCCUCCCGCGCUCCGCCCGCCUCUCCUUCGCCCCGGAAUCCCUGGAAAACCUCUACCAGGCCUAUUUCCGCCGGCAGCGCCACGACACCCUCCUGGUGCUCGCCGUCUUCGCCGCCCUCUUCGACGCCUACGUCCUGGCCACCGCUUCCGUGGAUCUGGGGCGGGAUGGGAGGGAAUUCCCGCCCGUCCUGGUGCCGGCGGCGGCGUUCCUGGUGGCCCACGUGGCCCUGCUGGCCCUCUGGAAGUGCCGCCUGCUCCCGGAGCGUUUCUCCCGCCGCUUCCUGCCCGGAAUCCUCUGGAUCCUCAUCCCGGCGCAGGUCCUGGGCUACCUGGCGCUGAAUUUCGGGAGCGCCCCGGAGCCGGCGGACACGGUGGGCUGGCAGGCCUUCUUCGUCUUCUCCUUCUUCCUGACGCUGCCCCUGCGCCUCCUGCCCAUCGUGGCCGUGGCCGCCGCCUCCUGCGGCCUCCACACCCUCGUGCUCGGCGUGGCUGUGGCCCAGCAGCAGCGGCGACGCAAUUCCCUGAGCUCCCUGGAGCGGGGCGGGGACCUGGGGAGGCAG